AUGCCUCAAAGAGAGAUCUGCCCGAAGGGCUACCAACAGGUCGCCUCGAGCGCGCAACAAGAUGCCUCUGUGCAUCUCCGCAGCUCCUCCGGCAAAACUGCCUUUGACUUCUCCUUCGAGGUCGUUCGCCAAAACCUCUUCCGGGUGACAUUCUCCUCUGCAGAGCGCCCAAUUCCUCCCUACCCCAACGUUACCAAGCCCGAGACAGAUCUCAAGGGCCUCAAUAUCUCCGCCAAGGAGGAAGCCACCUGGAAGACCAUUGAUGUGGCCGGCGUCACCGCGAAGGUGGAGUGGGAGCACACACCAGUCGUUUCUCUGUCUUGGUCAGGCUCCAACAAGCCUCUACACCGCGAUCUGCCUCUCCGGUCAUACGUCGCCGACGGCCCGGGUGUUGCUCACUACUCCGUGCAUGACCGCAAUGCUCUCCACGUUGGUCUGGGUGAGAAGGCUGCGCCAAUGGACCUCACUGGCCGCAACUUCCAGCUCACUGCUACCGACUGCUUCGGCUACGAUGUUUACAAAACCGAUCCUCUCUACAAGCAUAUUCCUCUCCUAAUCAAGGCCACACCGGAAGGCUGUGUUGCCUUGUUCUCUACUACGCAUGGCCGGGGCUCAUGGUCGGUUGGCGCUGAGAUUGACGGUCUCUGGGGUCACUUCAAGAUCUACCGUCAGGACUAUGGCGGUCUGGAGCAGUACAUGAUCGUUGGUAAGACCAUCAAGGAAGUUGUCCGUUCAUAUGCUGAGCUGGUUGGUUUCCCACUGCUGGUUCCCCGUUGGGCCUACGGAUAUAUCUCCGGUGGUUACAAGUACACCAUGCUGGAUGGCGCAGACAAGGCAUUGCUUGAGUUUGCUGAAAAGCUCAAGCAUCACGGAAUUCCUUGCUCUGCUCACCAGAUGUCCUCCGGUUACUCCAUUGCCGCUGUGGAACCCAAGGUUCGCACUGUCUUCACCUGGAACAACGAGCGUUUCCCCGAUCCCCAGGAUUGGAUUUCCAAAAUGCACGAGCAUGGUAUUCGUCUCAUCACCAACAUCAAGCCCUUCCUGCUCGCCUCCCACCCUGAUUUCCAGCGCCUGAUCGACGGUCGUGGUUUCUUCACCGAUCCCGAGACUGACAAGCCUGGUUACAUGCGUCUUUGGAGUGCCGGUGGUGCCACCGGUGGUGACGGCUGCCACAUUGAUUUCACCUCCGAGGUCGCUUUCAAGUGGUGGUUCGAGGGUGUAAAGAGCCUGAAGAAGGUCGGCAUUGACGGCAUGUGGAAUGACAACAAUGAGUACACGCUUCCCAGCGAUGAUUGGACUUUGGCACUGGACGAGACGAUGGUCAACAAGGAUGCGAAGAAGAUUACCGAGAACAGCGUCGGUCAAUGGGGUCGUGCCAUGCAUACCGAGCUCAUGGGCAAGUCUUCCCACGAUGGUCUGCUGGAUGCGGAACCCAACGUUCGGCCUUUCGUCCUCACCCGCAGUGCUACCCCCGGUACCAUGCGCUACUGCGCCAGCACUUGGAGUGGUGAUAAUGUCACCAGCUGGGAGAACAUGAAGGGUGCCAACGCUCUGUCUCUGAACGCAGGUAUUUCCCUACUACAGUGCGAGGGACACGACAUUGGCGGUUUCGAAGGCCCCCAGCCCUCCCCCGAGCUCCUCCUCCGUUGGAUCCAACUAGGCUGCAUGUCCACCCGCUUCGCAAUCAACUGCUUCAAGACCUCCCCCGACAACAACGCCGUCGGCGAAGUCAUCGAGCCAUUCAUGUACCCCGAGAUCACCCACCUAGUCCGCGACGCCAUCAAGCGCCGCUACGAGAUCCUGCCCUACAUCUACUCCCUCGGUCUGGAGAGCCACAAGAACGCUUCCCCCGUGCAGCGCUGGGUCGGUUGGGGCUACGAGUCCGACCCAGAGGUGUGGAACAACAAGACUCUCAAGGAUGGCGAAGAGCAGUUCUGGCUCGGCGAUAGCAUCCUCGUCGGCGGCGUCUACCGCUCCGGCGUCACCAGUGCAAAGGUCUACCUCCCCCGCAAGACCGGCGAUGUCUUCGACUACGGCUUCGUCAACAUGAAUGCUCCAUACAACUACCUCGCCUCCGGCCAAUGGGUGGAGAUCGAGUCCCAGUGGCGCGAGAGUAUUCCCCUCCUCGCCAAGAUCGGCGGUGCCAUCCCCAUCGGCAAGGACGUGCAUACCCGUGUCCUUGAUGACGAGACCGCCGCCUCGCAGGGCGUCAAGGAGAUCGAUGACUACCGUGGUGUGGAGAUUUUCCCGCCGCAGGGUAGCUCGUACAGCGCCGUGUUCAGCAACACCUGGUAUGAGGACGAUGGUAUCUCGCAGGAGCCUAAGACUGCGGUGUACACGCUCAGCUAUAGCUCGACUGCGGAGACCGUUUUGGUACACUUUGAGCGGGAUGAGACCGCUGGCUUUGUUCCUGCUUGGAAGGAGCUGGAUGUUAUUCUGCACAAUGGUGAUACUCGUCGUGUUGUCACUAGCUCAGGCCAGGAGAUUGUUUUCAAGGAGACGGACUCUCGGGGUCGGGCUGUGUAUACCGUCAAGGCUUGA